AUGGCUGAUUAUCACGCACAAACUCAGCAGAAUCUUCAAAGGGCAGACCAGAAGCUCGAUGCUCUUGUUGAUAUUACAGCUCAGCAGAAGUAUCAAGCCGGUCAAAUUAACACAGAACUUAAAGACCAAAAUCAAAUGAUUUCAAAUAUUAAUGAUAAAAUGGACAAUGCAGACCAGAAAGUCGUCACAGCUACUGAUAACGUCAAUAAACUUCUCAAGAAAAAGAGCUCAAUGAUCGCUUUCUUAUUUAUGAUUUUAUUCCUUAUCGGAAUCGUCCUCGUUUGGGUCUUGAUGUAA